AUGUAUAAGCAAAGUAAUAGUAUUGUAUUCUACAUAAUGUCUGAUAUUUUUGAACGAGCCGUGCAGGACCCGUGUUCCACCGAUGUAGACGAUGCAGAUGAUAAUAUAUACACGAUGAACGACGACAACGAUCCAUUACUGGAAGAAGAAGAACAUCUAGAAUCGGUGGUGGUGGUGGUGCCGAAGGCACCACCACAUCAUCAACUGCGUAAAGUGCAGACAGCUCCACAUUUCUGUCAGCAUCACCACUUUGACAACAGCAGUGUUUCUAAUACCAGAGACGACAGCGACGAAAUGUCGUUGAGGCGCUCGCGCACUUAUUCAAGACCGUACUGCUGUGCUCCCCCAAACAGGACAAACAGCUCGCUGUUUGUGCAACAGGCAACAAGACGACCCUCGUUCAUCAUACAGAAUAACGGAUCGGAACAAGCUUUGUUGUCGGUGAAUAGUAGUGGUAGUGGUGGUGGUGGACAUGCAGAUGAUGUGUCGUCGUCCUCUUGCAAUGCUAUCCCGACCCAUGUGUACGGUUUGGAAAAAUAUGUUUCGUCGCAAUUGGAUGAAUUGUCUACGGAUGAUAUAAAUAAUAAUAGUAAUAGUACGACGACGACGACGACGGCUACAGAGAGCUCAGUGUUCGAUAGUAAAGAUUGUUUUAGUGCGAGAGAUACAACCUCUUGUUCAUCGUUCACUGUUUCUCCAACAAGACAGAAGGAUCACAGCUACCACGCAUCAAGGCAUAACUCAACAAGCGAACAGUUGCAGGGAUCCCCAGCAACUUUGGAAAGAAGACCGUCCGCUGUUAAAACCUCCUUGGCAAACUCGUUUGCUUCAUAG